GAGCAACCGAGAUGAAUGCCUUCCGAAAACACCGCCAUGAACACCAUUUCAUCAGAUUGGCGGCGACCGACGGAUUUGCUCCGAUAUCUGGCAUCAGCAGGUUUGGAGCCAGAACGAGUAUGUAACUGGCCUCUCCACUGUUGGGCGCGAUCGACUCUUUCUGAUGCCUCGCUACCAGAGUUCGAAUACUGUACGGUAGCUUUAUCCCCACGCUUCAAACUACAGAUUACUCCGUACUCCGUACUUCGUAUACGGCUCAGUUGAGACAUCCAUGACAGCUUCCAAAUGCCUUCCAUUAUGCACCACAUUAAGCUUGCUAGAAGUAUCUGCAAAUCGUGCAUUGGCAGGCAUCUCUGCUGAAAGUGGAAUGCAUACACUAACCAACCCCGCACAACUUGCAGUGACGGUGACCACAAAUCGGGAAAAGCUUGUCGCAAAUCGGAGCUGCCUUGUAUUCCCACAAAGGCAAAGGCAGGGACUACUGUACAACAUCCCGCGAAGAGCCUCAACUCUUAGCACUGCUUGACUGGUCGCCUUUCUUUCAAUCUUGGCCACGACCCGAGCCGUGUGGAUGACCGACAAGACACCACCACAAGCCUCACGAUGCCGGUUUCGAUCUCCCGUCUAACGUCUCGUGAUAUUCCGGGUGCCAUAAUCGCCAUCCAGGAAGCUUCUAAGGACGAUCCAUAUGCUCUCUUCGUUUUCUCAGGCUCCUCAUCCAAGGUACGCUUGUCAUUUUAUUUUCCGGAUGGCAUAUCAAAAGCUUGGAGCUCGGUUUGAAAAAUAUACCCGUACGGCAAACACGAAGCACCCAAGUAGUUUGUCUUUGAAACGUCCCUACAGUAACAGUUCUUUAUGGUGGCUGACAUCGUAUACCGAAAAGUUCGAUGCGGAAAGAAACCGGGUUUCCUUGGGCAUCCGAUGCCAGUGGGGAAUUCGCAAUGCUCUUUUUUACGUGGCCAAAGAUCCCCAGAGCAGGGAUGCAGAUGAAGUGCUGGGAAUAGCAAUGUGGAUGCCACCCAGACCAAUUGGGUCAAAAGAAACAUGGGGAGAGUGGUUUGAAGCUUGGAGACUAUGGAUUCAGCAGGUGGGAUGAAUCUCUGGUACGGACGAGGAGGUUUGAAUGUCAAGGUGUGUAUUAAUUCAUUGUUUCAACCUUGCCUGAAAUAUACAUUACAGUAGCAAAAGAGAACGAGGCAUAUUGCCGAUCUUGCACUAUGCUUGUUACUGUACUGUAAAGGAACGAGUAAGACUGUGCUAGCAGCAACUAGCCCUUGCCAAGUCGAUUUAUGCGAGUCCUGCUUUUGGGCUUUUCCAUUCAUCUGAAGUCAAACACGAGCACUUGAACAUGGAUUCUCUCCAUCUCAAGAAUCCAACGACGUUGCCCAGCUCUGGGUUUUGUGCCAUCACAUUGAAGAUUUUAUUGUAUUCUUCUCUCAUCCCCUCACCCGUGCUAUUCUCAUCGACUUCGUUCCGUACUCGAGAAAAGCUCAACGCACUGUUCACCGGAAUCUAGAGCUUCCACUAACUUUGGAGAAGCUAGUGCCCUCAGAUUCAUGAGUAGUCUACUCGUAGAUGACACUUUUCCGUCACACGAAGACGGCUUCAUCCUUUGACUUCAGGCUUUGCUAAUCAGAUGUGCCGCAGCGCUACUGGAUUUGGAAGGCCCGUCAGGCUGAAGCUCAAUCCGAAAUCUGGACGGACCCCAACGACUAUUAUUUCCUGAACAUCAUGGUCGUCAAGCCUGGUCAUCAAGGAAAAGGCAUCGGCAAGGCACUCGCCCGAGCCGUCACGAAACAGGCAGAUCUAGAGGGAAAGCGAUGUUAUCUGGAGUCCAGCCGGGACGUUCCCAACAUCCAAAUCUACGAGUCGAUGGGAUUUCAUUAUGUCAAGACUAUGGACUGCGAUGAUGAGGGUACAGCCAUCAAGCUUUACUGUGUGGUAAGGGAGCCCAAAAGAGAAGAUAUCACAGAGGUGGAGAAUUGGAAAAAAAACUCCCCGAAUUAGAGGUGAGCCUGCAAUCUUUCGUAGCAAGCCAUCCCGGUUCCAACUCGAAGAAUUUAGAUACUAGACUUCCCGGAUCUCCGAACCGUAAGUCUCGAAGUGUUUCGCGCUGCUCGUAACUGUUCAAUUGCCACGGGACUCCUUGUGAAGGUGGUGGGGAAUAAGAGGCACUUUGUUUCAAAUCAAGUGAGCAAUCUCUUCUGGCAUUCCGCACAUGACAAUCCGUUUGGGUCUUGCAUCUGAACUAGAAUAGAUGGCACUAGAAUAACUAGCACGAGAGUGUUUUCUUUUUUGGGGUGAUUGCUGCCAAGUUUUCGGUUCGUCGUUAAGUAACCAGUUCUCCCAGGUCAUUCAUUCGUACCCCUCAAGCACCUUCACUUCCCAUUGCCAACUUAGGAUAUCACAACCAAACUCUCAUCACACUCUCAAUGGACUCACCGUGUUCACUUAAACAGAUACAUGAGCAAUACCAGGAAAAGCACACCAAAAAGUCUUGGUUGAGCGUGCGUUUGAACCCCACGUAGGGUAUUGGUAGAUCACGAGUCGUGCGC